AUGAGUGACUUUAAUGAUUUUUUUGAUGCUUGUGGAUUAAUUCAAGCUCCUAAAUGUGGCCUUGAGUUCUCCUGGUGUAAUGGCAGAGCUGGGAACAAAAGAAUUCUAUGUAAUUUGGAUAAAGCACUUUUUAAUUUGAAAUGGAUUGAUACCUUUAGUGGUUGGAAUUAUCAUGUAGCUGCAAGAGGGAUUUCUGAUCAUGGUCCUCUUAUUGGUUCUGACACUUUUAUUGGAAGGGCUUUAAAUACUCCUUUCAGGUUUCAACAAAUGUGGCUUACUCAUCCUUCCUUCUUACAAAUGGUCAUUGAUUCUUGGAAUGAAGAUAUUACUGCUGAAGACAAAGUUAUGGAAGAAACUAUAAAAUCAGAUGCUGAUCCUGCCAAUAUUUCUUUAUUGAAUAAUCUGGUUACUGCUAGAGGUAAUUAUGAAGUAGCUGCAAAUAAUUAUAAUACUUUUUUGAGGGAUAAAGCCAGACUAAACUGGAUUAAGGAUGAUGAUGUAAAUUCCAAGUUUUUUCAUACUAGCAUUAAAAUGAGACAAGCUCAAAAUACUAUUUCUGAAUUGGAGAAUGAUUCAGGAAACAUUAUUACUACUCAACAGGGCAUUUCAGAGAUUUUAAUUUACUACUUCAAGAAGAAAUUUGAGUACCAGUCAGUUCAAAUAAAUGAAUAUAUUUUUGAUGGUGUGCCUCAUCUUAUUUCUGAAGCUGACAACUGUGUCCUAGAAGAAUGUCCAAAUGAAGAGGAGAUUAAGCAUGUUGUUUUUAAUUUGAAUGCUGAUAGUGCACCUGGUCCUGAUGGGUUCAUUGGAAUUUUUUAUAGAGCAGCUUGGGAAAUCAUAAAAGACAACGUAGUGGAUGCUAUUCAAUUCUGUUGGAGAUACAACAUAAUACCAAGUGGUAUGAACUCCAACUUUCUUGUCUUGAUUCCUAAAAUUAAAGGAGCUAAAACUGCAAAAAUCUUUAGAUCUAUAGGUCUUAGUAAUUUCUGCUUUAAAAUUAUCACUAAGAUGAUUAUUGAGAGACUUACUAGAUAUCUGUCAAAUCUUAUUUCUCCGCAGCAAUAUGCUUUUGUCAAAAAUAGAAAUAUUCAUGAGCAAAUUUUGCUAGCUUCUGAACUAGUGAAUGAGAUGUCAACUAUUAGAAGAGGGGGUAAUGUUGGUCUUAAACUAGACAUAUCACAAGCUUAUGACACUAUGAGCUGGGAAUUUCUAUACAGAGCCUUAAAAAAAUUGGAUUUUCAGCAAAAUUCUGUAAUUGGAUCAUAG